GCCAGAACUUCAGUAGUUACUGCACCGGGCUCCACGUUGUACGCAAUUUAUUUGGGCAUUAAAACAAAACAACUUGGAAUAAUUUCAAUCAGGAUGAGAUUGAUACUGAGUUCCCUUCUGCUACUGGGAGUUUUGGGAUGUUCUCUUGGACAGCAGCAUCAUGGACCCCGUCCAAGACUAGCUGCUCGACCAGCUGCAGCAAAAAGGGCAGUUCUUAGACCAAGGGCGAGCAAUCUGCGUCAGCAGAAACCAAGACAAGAAGAUUUCUUACAGGCCAGUCGAAGAACUAUUGUUGAGCUGCUUGAUGCUGAGAUAACUAUUCUUGAAGCUAUUGCUGGAACUACUGUUGAGGAGGCACAAGCUGAAGAAGCUGCUGCAGCUCAAGGAAAAAGGCCACAAGGUGCUGUUCGUAGACCUGCCCCUACACACACCAGACGUCCUUCCUCUCAUGCUCAUGCACACCAAGCUCAACGACCUCAUGCUUCUGCCCAUCAGGCGCCAAGACCACACUCUCCCAAGCCUCAUGCACACAGGCCUCAUGCUCCUGCACCUCAUCCUCCCCACCCUGCACCUACUCAUUAUCACAAGCAGAACACAGUACUUCUGGAUCCAUUUGUAAUGCUAGACUCCCCUGAUCUAUCAAAGAAGCCCUAUGAAUCAAAGCCUACCUCUGACUAUUCAGCACCUGCUGUCAAAGAAUCAAAUUCUGCCCCGGAGAAACCUCUACCCACCUAUGGAGCUUAUGAGUUGGUUCACUCUGGAACCGUGUCACCUUAUACUUCUGCACCUACCCCAGUUUAUGCUGCACCAACCCCCUCAUAUUCUGUACCUGCUCCUGCUCCUGCUUAUGAAGCUCCUGCCCCCUCAUAUUCUGCUCCUGCUCCUUCUUAUGAAUCGCCUGCUCCUUCUUAUGAAUCGCCUGCUCCAGCUUAUUCUUCACCAGAACAAGAAUAUGGAGCCCCCAGUUAUGAAGCCCCAGCUCCUGCUCCAGCUUAUGAAGCACCUAAUCCUGCCUACUUUUCUCCUGAGCCUACUUAUGGAGCCCCCUCUUAUGAAACUCCAGCGCCUGCUCCAGCUUAUGAAGCACCAGCUCCAGUCCCCUCUUACAAUUCCCCAGCACCAGCUCCAGCUUAUGAAGCUCCUGUUCCAGCCUACUCUGCUCCUCAGCCAAGCUAUGGAGCUCCAGCUUAUUCCGCACCAGAACCCACUUAUGAAGCCCCCUCUUAUGAUGCCCCAGCCCCUGCUCCAGCUUAUGAAGCGCCUGCUCCAGCCUACUCUGCUCCUCAGCCAAGCUAUGGAGCACCAGCUUAUUCUGCACCAGAACCUACUUCUGGAGCACCUUCUUAUGAUGCGCCUGCUCCUGCUCCUGCUUACGAAGCUCCUGCCCCCGCCUAUGCUUCUCCAACACCUGCUUAUGCUCCCCCUACUCCUGCCUAUGCUGCUCCUACCCCUGCCUAUGCUUCUUCUGUUGAUCUAUAUGGCGCCCCUGCACCAGCUUAUGCUGCUCCUGAACCAGCCUAUGCUGCUCCUGAACCAGCCUAUACUGCUCCUGAACCUGCUUAUGCUGCUCCUGAACCAGCUUACGCUGCCCCUACUUCUGUUGAUCAGUAUGGAACUCCAGAACCGGUAUAUGAACAGGUUCCAGUGUACACACCACGAGCAAACAAUUAUCAAAACACAUUUUUCGCCAGUAAGAAUGUGGACCUUAAGACAUCUGCGAGUACUACAGUUGAGGUUGAAAACGAGGCUGAUGGCCCACUGUUCAGAUCUGCUUUGAGAAAACUAGUUACUACACCACCUCCAUCAAUUUCAGGAAAAUAGAAAGAAAAAACUAUUUAAUUUUUUAAUUUUCUUGUUUAAAAUUGUGAUAUCCAGUUCAUUUCUUGUACAGUGUACAAGAGUCCUACAAAAUACACUGAUAGAGUAUAGAAAAUGUGGUAAUUGUAUUAGGUUUGAAGCUUUUGUUUAGAAAUAACCUUAAUGCUCGUACAGUCUCUAAAAACACCCCUCUUAAGGAGGGACAUAGAGAAGCCCAAUUGUUAAGGGUUAAAAAAUCUGUAAAAUCAAAUGAAUACAAUUACUGAACUUGUCCUAUCUGAGAAAAUAAGUAUUUUUCAUUGUUUUUAGCAUUGUUUAUUAAUAUUUUAUUUAAACAAACAAUAGAUGAUUUUACCCCCGGUGAGAGAUAUUUGACCACUUACACACGGCUAUAAUUGUUUAAUUAUUUUUACCAACUUUUAAUUUUGAAAUUUAAUGUUUAAUUAUGUAUUCCAGAAAACAUGUUUUGGUUGGAAUUGUUAAUAUUUAUGAAGUAUAUUUGCCCUGUUGAUGUAUAUCGGACCCGGGGCCCGGGGGCGUUUAAAAUCUAAUCAUUAUUCAAGGUUAUUGCCUAUUUCAAGGGUAUAUAUAUAUAUAUACAGUCAUUCAUUUAAUAUAUUCGGACUCUAUUUCAGAGCAAAUAAAAUAUGUUUUAUUGCUCUCGUAGCAGGGGCAUAAUUCGUCUACAUUGACCCUUCACCCCCCCCCCACCCCUUAUUUUUUGAAGUAAAUAACUCUGAAAAGUUUUUUCUUCUCAACAUAUUUUUGAUUAAAAUCAUAAAAUUGAUAUAUUUUUAAACCGUCAUUUCUCAUUUUUACUUGCCACAGAUUGUCAAAUUUUCGUUAAAUUGUUACCAUAGCCUUAAACAAAUUCUAAUUUUUUAAUCCCAAUAUCUUUGCAAAUUAAUGGAGUAAACCUUUGAUAAUUUAGACUUAGU